AUGUAUCAAGAAAUUUUUGAGUUAGUUGUGGAGGCUUUUGGCGACACAUAUUUGCAACGCCCGACUGCUGAUGAUUGCCAGAGCCUGAUGUGGAUGCACGAGAUGGUGCACGGCUUCCCUGGAAUACUAGGGAGCAUCGACUGUGUGCACUGGCAGUGGAAGAACUGCCCGACGGCGUGGAGAUGCCAAUUUACUAGCGGCUACAAGGGCAGCCACCCGACGAUGAUCCUAGAAGCCGUCGCUGACCACCGCCUCUGGAUCUGGAGUCCGCGGAAGGAUGUGGAGCGGGCUUUUGGGGUGCUCCAAUCGCGGUGGGCAAUCGUGAAAGGUCCGACGUGUUUCUGGUACAAGGAAGUCAUCGCCGACGUCAUGUAUGCGUGCAUCAUCAUGCAUAACAUGAUAGUCGAACAAGAACAUGGACAUGUCACCGAUUGUGUGGAUGAUGAAACCGGAUCUAGCUCCAGCACGGCGACCUCGCUUGUCACUCGAGGAUUACCGAUGGGCUUCGGUGCGGUUCUACAACGACAGGCAUCAAUGUGCAACCAACAAGACCAUACUCAGCUCAUGACCGACAUUAUUGAAGAAGUUUGGAACCGCAACCGCCGUCGUUGA